AUGGAAGAGGUAGGUGCACAAGUAGCUUCACCAAUAUUCAUCCACCAAUCACUCGCUGGAAGAUUUUGCGAUGCGCAUCCGAUGGCCAAGAAACGCAAUCUGCCUUUUCAGCCUGCGAGUUUUCCGCAUCAGAUUCCUUUGGAUAACUGGAAUCCAAUGUCUUGGGAUUGGGAUAGUGCCAGGUUUGUUGCUAGACCUUCGCAAUCUGAUGUAGUCCAGAGUGGAAGUGCUACUCUGGCUCAGUUGAAGGUGUCAACUCAUAAAGGUGUACAAAAUAACACAGCAGAUCCUAAGAAUCCCGUGGAAGAUGGAAAUGAUAAUGAAAAUCUUAGAUUGAAGCUUGGAGCUGACGGAGAUGGAAAUGGAAGGAAUGGUGUUUUGACUUCGGUAGAGGAGCCACAACCGGUGUCGAGGCCUAAUAAAAGAGUCAGAUCUGGAUCGCCUUCUGGUGCUAGCUAUCCUAUGUGUCAAGUGGAUAAUUGUAAGGAAGAUCUAUCUACAGCCAAGGACUAUCACCGCCGGCAUAAGGUGUGUGAGGUUCAUAGCAAAGCCAGCAAAGCCUUAGUUGGGAAACAGAUGCAAAGAUUCUGCCAGCAGUGCAGCAGGUUCCACCCCCUUUUGGAAUUUGAUGAGGGAAAGAGAAGCUGUAGGCGUAGACUCGCUGGGCAUAACAGGAGGAGGAGAAAAACUCAGCCAGAUGAUACUACUUCACGGUUGUCAGUUCCUGAAAACCGUGACAAGAGUGGAAACUGUGAUCUGGAUAUUGUCAAUUUGUUGGCAGUUCUAGCUCGUGCACAAGGAAAUACUGAGGACAGGAGCAGCAAAAUCUCACGCGUACCUGAUAAAGAUCAGCUUAUACAAUUGCUUAGUAAAAUAAACUCUUUGCCCUUGCCUUCAAACUUAGCAGCCAAAUUGCCUGUUUUGGGAGGUUUGGAUGGAAGGAUUCCGAACCUUGUAUCCUCUGGAAAUAUGAAUCGAUUGAAUGGGAAUGUUUCUUUGCCAUCAACGAUGGACUUGUUGGCUGUUCUUUCAGAAAAUCCAGCAGCAGCACCCUCUUCUGAUGUAAUUGAAAUUCAAUCUCAACCAAGCAGCGAUGGAAGUGACUCUGAGAAAAGUAAGUCAGCCUUUGUUGAACAAGCUACAUCUCUCUAUUUGCAAAAAAGAUCUGCUUUGGAGUUUCCCUCAGUUGGAGGAGAGAGAAGUGGUACAAGUUAUCAUUCUCCUGUGGCAGAUUCGGAUUGCUAUGUUCAAGAGACAUGUCCAAAUUUGCUGUUACAACUCUUUAAUUCUUCUCCUGAAGAUGAUAGCUUAAGAAAAUUACCAUCUGGUAGAAACUAUUUCUCAUCUGACAGUAGCAAUCCUUCACAAGAGAGGUCUCCUUCAUCUUCACCACCCGUUGUACAUAACCUGUUCCCAAUGCACACUUCAAGAGAACCUAUGAAGCCUGACAGUGUGUCUACUAGUGAAGUGAAUACUGUGUAUGCGAAAGCAACUACAAUCAAUGAGUGCAGUACUUCUCUUCAACUUUUUGGAGCAUCAACUAGAGCUGCCGAAAAUGGCUCUAUUCAGAGUUUUCCUCACCAAGCAGGGUAUACAUCUUCUUCGGGGUCUGAUCAUUCACCAUCGAUUUUGAAUUCUGGUGCUCAGGAUCGUAAUGGCCGAAUUGUUUUUAAACUAUUUGACAAGGAUCCCAGUCAUUUGCCUGGGUCGUUGAGAGCGCAGAUAUACAAUUGGCUUGCUAACAGUCCAUCAGAAAUGGAAAGCUAUAUUAGGCCUGGUUGCAUAGUUCUAUCUGUGUAUUUAUCGAUGUCCUCCUAUGCCUGGGAUCGACUUGAAGGAAACCUCCUUGAUUAUGUAAAGUCUUUGGUCAAUGAUAAUAACACUGACUUCUGGAGAAAUGGAAGAUUUUUGGUUCACACAGAUAAACAAAUGGCUUCCUAUAAAGACGGAAAGAUUCAUCUUCGCAAGUCCUGGAAAGCCUGGAAUACCCCAGAAUUGAUCUUAGUUUCACCUGUGGCAGUUGUUGGUGGGCAAGAGACCUCUCUUCUGUUGAAGGGGAAAAAUUUGACUAUUCCAGGCACCAAGAUAUAUUGUACGCAUACAACUGGGUACAAUAUGAAAGAAUUUCCAGCAUUGGCAUGUCAAGAAACUGUAUAUGAUGAGAUAAUCUUGGAUAGCUUUAAAAUUCAUGGAGCAUCAUCUAGUGUGCUCGGCCGUUGUUUCAUUGAGGUUGAAAAUGGUUUAAGAGGUACCAGUUUUCCGGUAAUCAUAGCAGAUAAUACCAUCUGUCAAGAAUUGAGACUUCUCGAGUCUGUAAUCAAUGAAGGUGCUGAAUUGCACGAUGGCAUUUCAUCUGAUCACAUUGAGAAUCCAGGUAUGCCCAGGACGAGGGAAGAAGUCCUCCAUUUUUUGGAUGAACUUGGCUGGCUUUUCCAGAGAAAACACAACAAUUCCUUGUUUGAGAGCCCGGAUUAUAGGCUUAGUCAGUUCAGAUUUCUUCUUACAUUUUCUGUUGAACACGACUUUUGUGCUUUGACCAAAACACUCCUGGACAUUCUGCUGGAAAUAAACUUGGGUCGUGAAGGGUUGGCAAAGGAGUCUCUGGAGAUGCUAUCAGAAAUCCACCUGUUAAACAGGGCCGUCAAUAGGAAGUGUAGGAGAAUGGUUGAUUUGCUUAUUCGUUACUCCAUUAGUGACAAUUCUGAUUCCUCCAUGAAGUAUAUCUUUGUACCCAAUUUGGCUGGACCUGGUGGUAUCACACCUUUACAUUUGGCUGCUUCUACAUUGGGUUCAGAUGACAUGGUAGAUGUUCUGACAAGCGACCCACAGGAGAUUGGGUUGCAUUGCUGGAAAUCUGUUCUUGAUGCAAAUGGGCUGUCUCCCUAUGCAUAUGCCUUGAUGAGGAACAACCACUCCUAUAACACGCUUGUUGCUCAGAAGCUUGCACAUAAAAAAAGUGACCAAAUUUCUGUAUCAAUUGGAAAUGAGAUUGAGCAACUCGGCGUGGAAGUUGAUCAUGGCCACAAGAAUACCCUCCAUAUCAACCAAGGACUUAAAUCUUGUACCAGGUGUGCAGCUGCCGCAGGUAGAUACAGCAGAAAGUUUCCAGGUUCACAAGGAUUGCUUCAACGUCCAUACAUUCUUUCAAUGCUCGCCAUUGCUGCUGUAUGCGUUUGUGUCUGUCUGUUCUUUAGAGGGGCACCAGAUAUUGGUUCAGUUGCCCCAUUCAAGUGGGAGAAUUUGGGUUAUGGUUCAUUUUAG